AUGUAAAUCAAUGAGGAGAGUAAUGAAAUUGACAGAUUAUUGUUUUUGUCAAAGAAUAUAGAAAAGAGAAAGAAGAGAAGGAGGAAUAUGAUUUUUUUUUUAAUUGCUAUGAUAACUUUUGUAUCACUAGAAACAUCAAUAAAUGGAAAAUGUUUUUUUAACGAUGAUAAAUUACAAUAUUUAUAUGUUGAUUUAGUCAUGUAUACAGGAGUUUUUGCAAUUACCUUAUUAGAAAUACUAAUUUAAUAAAAAAAAAUUGCUAAACAAUUUCAAUAGCAAAUUAGAUUAAGGGCCAAGAUGUGCUAACUUACUAUCUAUCAAGGUUUUGUAAUCAUAAUCUUUUUGUUGAGUCUCUAUCAUAUCGGAGUGUAAAUCUACUAUUUUUUUUUCGAUUUUAACUAAAAUUGUUUUUAUUUUAAGAAUAGAAUAAACAAAGAUAUAUUCGUAAUAACAAAAAUAACAAUAUUUAUUUUAUUCAUAACAAUUGAGACGGUUACGUUAUGUUUCUUGGGUUGGGUUGUUAAGGAAAAUUAUAUAGCAUAAUAAAAUCCUGUAAAAUUUGGGCAAAGUUCAAUAUUGUUUAGAUCUCAAAGUAAUGAUAUUGUACUACUAUUAUAUGGAGCACCGAUUAAUUAGGAUUGA